UGUACCACCAUUAUUAUCGUUGCCCAUUUUAGCCGUUGCCGCUCGUGUUGGUCCGAAUUAAUUUGAACACCUUUAAAAUGCUCCAAAACGAUGCGGUUCGAACACUGCAAUACGACAGCGAAAUACGCGUGGCACAGCAGUCAAAUGCCACAGAACCCAGAGUGUAUGAUUCCCAUAUUAGCAUAACCUCACAGCCGCGACCGGGAUCAGAGGCUCCCAGGAUACCCCUGCCCACAGUGACUGGCAGUCGAACAUUUAUGCCCCUCUCCGGCUACGACUGCCUAGCGGACUUGCCCUCGGUCCACAUUGAACAGACAUUCGAGUUGAAUGAGUCCCUGACAGCCGUUUCUUCGGAGAACCGGUAUGUGGUCCGCUCGCCCCUGGGCGAUGCCGUCUUUGCCGCCAGCGAGAGUUCCACGGAGAAAAAUCGGCUCCUUUGGGGCGCCGGGCGACCCUUCCAGAUGCACUUGCUCGACAAGACACACCAGGAGGCGCUGGUUUUCCGCAAGAAAUUCGCCCUCGGUUCGAUGUGCUGCCAGGCAAAGAGUCUGGAGAUCUGGAUACCGCCAGGCAAUGUCCUGGGCCGGGUGGUGCAGUCGCCCACGUUCAUGCAGCCCGAGUUCUUCAUUGAGGACGGCAAUACGGGCCAGCCCGUCUUCUGUGUGGAGGGUCCGGCGAAUUCCGGUUUCUGCUGCUUCUGCCUGCCCAAGGAGUGCUACUUCAAGGUACAUUCGGGAGGAAACCUGAGGGCGUCCAUCGAUCACAAGUGGAUGGCCAGCAAGUCCCAGUACACCACAAAUAUCUACUUUAGCGAUGCCAAACUGACGGCCAAGGAGCGUGCCCUGAUCUUGGGCUCAGCAUUUCUGCUGGAAUACAUGUACUUCCAAACGCGCUUCUAAAGCGGUCCAAUGACAAAAUAAUUUUACAUUUUAUAUAUUUUCACAUUGAUUUCUUUAUUUUUUGUCAUUUUUUUUGUAUAAGUUUUCAAGUUUUGUUUUUUUUUUUCGUUCAGUUUUUUUGAUAUAUUUUACAAUAAUGUAAUAGAUCACUUCAUUUUCUUGUUUCUUUUAACCACAUGCAUGCACACACAAUAGAUAUAUCUAUGUAUAUAUGUAUAUAUACGUUGCUAUAGCUCUGGCGCUGGAUAGCAAUUUUUUGUACAAUAAUUUUCAUUUAUCUCUAUCAAUUUUUGUGUAGUUUGUGUUUCGACUAACCUACAACUUAUAGCAUAUAUGACAACAUAAUGAUUAUUUACAGUUAGUUAUUCAUCUUAUUCUCCACCCUCCAUUUCAUUCUCUUUCUAUACUAUUCUUUUACUCUUCGAUACACCAAUAAAAGUAAUUAAAGACAAACAAUUGAAAGAGUCUCGUGGUCUCGUUGUUUUACAAAAUUAGAAACAAAACUAAGGAUAUACAUAUUCUUAUUUCUCUCGUCUCGUUGGUGUAUGAUUAACAAUUUCAAAUAAGGAAGAACUGCGUGUUUUGUUUUUUUUGGAAAACAUGGUUCUUAAGGUUUUGGUGGGUGGGGAGUGCAGGGGCUUGGGCUGGCUAGGCCUUAUAAAUUAUAUAUGUACAUCUCUCGUUCUCCUCGGCUUCUUCGUGUUAUAUUUUUGUAGAUAGACGGCUCACAGCACUUCAGGGAUCUAUGAAUCUAUGGAUAUAUCUUUAUCUGUAUACAUAUACUACUCGUAGAUUGAAUUUUCCUUUUCCGUACGUGCUUCGUAGGAUAUACAUACACAUGCGGGAUAGCUUAAAUCUAGGGCUAGCGUACAUGGUACCUGGGUUGCAUACAUAUACGUACACGAUGGGAGAUGAACAGCUUUUCCAAAACCCUAUAGCUACAUAUACAUAUAUUCUCAUACAUAUAUUUCUUAGAUCAGAGUUGAUGACGAUUCCUUAAACUAGAUACUUAAGAGG